AUGGAUGUGCCACGCCUUGUAGAGGUAAUUCCUACAUUCACUAAAGAAGAGAAGAAUCGGUUUUUGAAAAUCUCCAGUCUUGAUUUCAACGAGUUUUAUAGUGCAGGGGAUCCUAGACAAUGUAGUGAUAAACAUAUUCUGUUUAAGGGAAAUCGCGUGCUCGAAGAUUGUUACGAGCGAUUGUCUAAGCUGAACGUAGAAGACAGUAAAAUUAAAGAAAAGCUCUUCAAGGUUAUGCUGAAAUGGGGGCAUAUAGCUUUGCUCGCUCAAGAUUGGGCUAAAGCUUUGUCAUCUUACGAAUACGCAUACCGUUUGCUGCCUGAGGACUUCUGGAAGGAUCCUGGAGGGUACUAUGGGCUUGGCCUUGUUUAUAUUCACUUCAAAGAAUAUAAAAGAGCUGCUGAAGCAUUUCUCCGACUGCUGUAUGCCUAUCCUACUCUUGAUCAGAUCGUAGAAGUAAAGGUUAGACUUGGAGUUUGUUACCAGAACUUAUCGGAUUAUUCAAAAGCUCUGAAGUAUUAUGGUCAAGCUCUAUCGGAUGAGAAAGACUCUCCUUUUAUGUCCAGAGUGCAUGUUAGAUUCAAUGUUGCCGUAACAAAGGAGAAUGCCGGCGAUUUAUCUAAUUCCGAAGAUGAAUAUAAAAAAAUUCUGAAUGAAGUGAACAACUUAUCUCUGGUUCAUGGACCACAAUUCCAGCAUUUUACGGAAUCGCAAAUGCAGCUUAUGGCUGCCGUUAAUAGACAUUUAGGUUGGAUUUGCUAUCGGCAACCAUAUGCGGAAGGAGCUACAGAAGAGAGAAAUAGAAAGCUUCAUGAAGCUGUACAGUUCUUGCAUACUGCAACACAGUUUGAACAAUUCAAUGGCAAGACUUUCUACCUUUUCGGUAGAUGUUAUGGAGAAAUGCCUCAUAAGGCUCACGAUGCGUUUGUUAACUAUCGGCAUUCUAUUGAUAAAAGUGAGGCUGAUGCGGAUACUUGGUGUUCCAUAGGAUGGCUCUAUCAGCAGCAACAACAGCCAAUGGACGCCUUACAGGCGUUUAUUUGUGCAGUUGAAUUAGAUGCAGAGCAUAGUGCUGCUUGGACUGACUUAGGCAGACUGUACGAAUUACACAAUCAAUUUGAAGAUGCACUAAGCUGCUUCAGAAAAGCUGUGAAAUAUAAGCCAGCUGCCCCAGAAGCGCUUAAGGCUCGUAUACUCGUAUUGGAGAAGGAGCUUCAAACUUCGUCUCAUCUAGUAUCUCAGAAGGCACCACAAUCUCACGCGCAACAUAAUAAAAGUUUGCCUAGCCUAAAAGAAGCUUGGAAUCAACCUAUUCCUUCUGAGUUAAGAGGUAGACAAGACGAAUUUUUGAAGGUUAAGCAACAAAGAUAUAGAGAAGGCAGUCCAUUGUGGAAAAUGGGAGAGCUGUCCGCACCACUCGGAGGCCUGCAGGAAUGUCCAGGUGCUCCCUCUCUGGACCAGACCCAAGUUCAAAUCAUGAAGUUGCUCCAAAUUAAUAAAGAACGUAUCAAUGAGCAGGAAAAGAACUUACUUUCUCAAAUGGAAAGUAUUCAUAAAGCUCAUUUGGAGUCGUCUUAUGAUUCUUUUUAUUCUUCCAAACAAGUUGCGAUUCUUCCAAAGUUCACGGACAGAGAUAUUACACAGAUCAAAGAAGGUGGUCAUUUAGCUCUUCCUGCUAGCGUGAAAAUUGAGACCGAUUGCGAUGAUGUUAAAGACGUGAAACCCGAGCAGGGAUUAGAAAUUGUUCAUCAUAAAUCUUUAUCCACUAUUGGGCUGCCGUCUACUUUCAGCUUAGAAGCAAAAUUAAAUGUUUCUAUUGAUAUAUCAUCUUCUGAGCUGUUGGAAAUUUGCUCGAAGCGAGUGGAACAUCCUACUUCGUUCAAGCAUGUAUUUGACGAAAACGUUGCCCCACCUCAGCCUCCUCCUGCUCCAACAACUUCAAAGGUUGGAAGCAAUCAAAACAAUCCUCUCCUUAGACCGACGCCUCUAAUUGUUGUCGAAUCUCGUAAAGAUGCGCAAUCAGUUGAAUUGCAAAAGUAUUGCGAGAACUGUCCGAUUGCACUGAUAAGGGGAAUGACUUCCGUACUCAAAAUGGACCUCAGCCUCUUUUCCACUAAAACUUUGCGCGAAACUGCUCCAGACCAUGAAGUUGAGGUACGAACUCAAUAUCGCAUGCCUUGCGACUUGAACGUUGAUCAUCUUGGAGUUCCAACGUGGGAAUGCAUGAGUACAAGAUCUUUCACCAGCGUUAAUAAAUAUGCUCAGUAUCAAGCAGAAACAUUCCAACAUAGUUUAAAAGAAGAAGCAGAAAAAUUGAGAUCAGCUGGUGCUAAAUACGCUCAACAAAUAGCGGAGUCUUCUAGUGCUAAGAAAAGACGAGGACCGAACGGAGACGAAUUUGCCAUGCCAUUGAAAAUGAUUAAAUUUGGAACAAACGUUGACCUGUCAGAUGAAAGCAAAUGGAAACCUCAACUACAUGAGCUAGCAAAAAUGCCUCCUUUCUGUCGCCUAAUCGCCGGCUCGAAUAUGCUCUCACAUCUUGGUCAUACUGUUUUGGGUAUGAAUACUGUUCAACUUUACAUGAAGGUACCAGGAUCUAGAACUCCAGCUCAUCAAGAAAAUAAUAGUUUUGCCUCAGUCAAUAUUAAUAUAGGCCCUGGAGAUUGUGAGUGGUUCGGUGUACCACAUGAGUAUUGGGGAGUAAUAGAAAGGCUCUGCAGAAAGAAGGGCAUUGAUUUCUUGAAAGGAUCGUUCUGGCCGAAUGUUGAUGAUCUCUUGGCUGAAAACAUACCAAUUUAUCGUUUCACGCAAAAGGCUGGAGAUCUCGUUUGGGUCGGAGGAGGUUGCAUCCAUUGGGUACAAGCCACAGGCUGGUGCAAUAACAUCGCGUGGAAUGUUGGCCCAAUCACGUACUCACAGUUAUCGUUAAGCGUUUCCAGUUAUGAAUGGAACAAACUUCAGGGCUACAAAUCAUUAGUCCCCAUGCAGCAUAUUUGUUGGCAACUUGCGAAAAAUAUUCGUUUCACUAACCAAAAGAUCUUCUGUUUUAUUAAAAGUCAACUCAUUCGAUCGCUAGCAUUCUGCAAGAUGGUUGCUGAUUAUGCCAUGAGCCAAGGGAAGCAAUUGAAGCCUCAACCGAGAACUAAAGAUGAAGUAACACACUACUGUACUUUAUGCGAGGUGGAAGUGUUUAAUAUUCUAUUUGUUAAAGAACACAAUGGAAAAUUUCCAGUUUAUUGCGUAUAUUGUGCUAGGAGAACUGAUUUGACCGAUUUUCUCGUCCUUCAACAAAUACCAUUCUCUGAGUUAUCAAGGAUUUUCGAUGAGAUGCAGUUGAACCUCAUACCCAAAGCACAACUUGUUUGCUAA